AUGCUGUUCAGUGCGGACGAUAGGGAGGAGGCGAAGGACGUUUUCUCCGUCCCGUCAGGCACUAUUCCACAUCUGCGCCGGCCAUUUUUCAUCAAGAAGCGGUUGCGCGUGCUUGUUAGUCCAUUCUUCGAGGGCAUUUUGACGGACGAGCAGCGGUUCAGACAUGCACCGCUGGUUCGGCGCGUGGCUUUCGCUUCUACUACCCUUCCGCUUGCCAGGGCGAAUCCAACACCGCAGACGAUGAUGAUGAUCUGGGAGCAGGUUGACAGUCAUUGUCGAGCUGCCGCACUCACGUACGGGCCCAGCUUCACGCACCGUCCCCUGUGA